ACAGCCCCGGCCCCGGAGCGCCAGCUAGUCAGCCAGACACUGCGGUAGAUCUACCACUAGUCACUACCAGUCCGUGGUCAUGCAAAAGCGCAGGGAGUCAUUUCAGUUCGGAAAAGAAGACGAGCAUACGAAUUAUUAUUUCCUUCUCUGCCAAUCCACGCUACCGCUAUCUGGCCUGAUAAUGGAGCUGUCUGUUGCAGCUUUGCUGGUGUUGUCGCUCGCUUGCCAUUCCUCUCUGGCUCUGAACAACGGGCUGGCCUUGUCGCCGCCAAUGGGCUGGAGCAGUUGGAACCACUACCAUCGCAAGUACAAUGAAUCAGUGUUCUACGCAAACGCCAAGGCUAUGGCCAGUAAUGGCAUGAAGGAUGUCGGCUAUGAGUACAUCAACAUUGAUGGUGGUUGGUGGGCAGGGGCUGACACCGGACAUGCCCAGCGCAACGCUACAGGAUUCAUGCAGAUCAAUGCGGAGAAAUUCCCGAACGGCAUACCGAAACUGGUUGACUAUGUUCACAGUCUGGGAUUAAAGUGGGGGUUAGUUAAAGAAUAGACAUGGUUAGAGUUUUGCUGCUCAUGCUGAAUCCAACGAUACUUGUACCCAGCACCCAAAAUACAGUCGGUUUGGUGCCGCUUCGACGACAGAAGGCUCUGUUUACCGGGAGAACGAAACGGUAAGAUUCCAACUAGGGGGACGUCACAAGCCGAUCGUUGUGUAAAAAAAUUAAAAUGAUAACCAUGUAUUGAAAGCACACAAAACCGGUAAAGGCCGACGGUCGAAGUUAGCGUGAACUGUAAAAUGCUAACCCUGUUUUAAUGCAUGUCUUGCUAGUGUGUCCUGUGUGUUGAGUUUAGCCCAAUAAAAUCCGACAUCGUAGAUUACUCAAUGCUGAUUAUACAGGCCAUGCGAUCGCACUAUCAGCUGAAAAGCGUUGUCAAAGUCGCUGCACAACGAUACCAUGGAAUCUUUCCAGCGGAAUGUGUGUGUGUGUGUGUGUGUGUGUGAUUCACAUUUAAAAUGACCCCUUGGUCAUAACCCUGGGUAUAACCAUGAGGUCCCGUGACCUCAGGUGUCCCCGUGAGUGUGAAUCCCAAGGCGACAAGGUAAAAGUUCAGACAUCCGGUUAACCCAUGGUCAGUUUUCCCUUGGCCGCAUGUUUGGCCAUGAUUUUUUGACAGGGGAUUUGAAAACAAAUAGCCAUGGGAUUUUUCCCUUAACAAACGUCCUGAAGCCCACGGCCACGGCUUUGCCAAUUUUUUCCCAAGAGGGUCCUCCUUUCCCCCAGUACCAUGGUUUCCAUAACAACAUUCCCAUAACCGUAGUGUUUCCCGUGUGUGUGUGUGUGUGUGUGUGUGUGUGUGUGUGUGUGUGUGUGUGUGUGUGUGUGUGUGUGUGUGUGUGUGUGUGUGUGUGUGUGUG